GACGCGCCGGGGCUGCGGGGCUGCGGGAGGCUGCUAGGGCCGCCACCGCCGCUGUCGCCUCUGCCACCGGGGUCGCGACCCUGGCUCUGGUCUGAAGUCGCCACGCCCGGGCCUCCGGUGCCUCUGAAGAGGGCGAGCACAUGGCGACCCAGGCGCACUCCCUCAGCUACGCGGGGUGCAACUUCUUGCGCCAGCGUCUGGUCCUUUCCACCCUGAGCGGGCGCCCAGUCAAGAUCCGAAAGAUUCGAGCCAGAGAUGACAACCCGGGCCUCCGAGAUUUUGAAGCCAGCUUCAUAAGGCUUUUGGACAAAAUAACUAACGGUUCUCGAAUCGAAAUAAACCAAACAGGAACAACCUUGUAUUACCAGCCUGGCCUCCUGUAUGGUGGGUCCCUGGAACAUGACUGCAGCGUCCUCCGCGGCAUUGGCUAUUACCUGGAGAGUCUUCUUUGCCUGGCUCCAUUCAUGAAGCAUCCACUAAAAAUAGUUCUGCGGGGAGUGACCAAUGACCAGGUGGACCCCUCAGUUGAUAUUCUUAAGGCAACGGCACUUCCCCUACUGAAACAGUUUGGGAUUGAUGGUGAAUCAUUUGAGCUUAAGAUUGUGCGGCGGGGAAUGCCUCCUGGAGGAGGUGGUGAGGUGCUUUUCUCCUGUCCCGUGAGGAAGGUCUUGAAGCCCAUCCAGCUCACGGAUCCAGGAAAAAUCAAACGUAUCAGAGGGAUGGCGUACUCUGUACGCGUCUCACCGCAGAUGGCAAAUCGGAUUGUGGAUUCUGCAAGGAGCAUCCUCAACAAGUUCAUACCUGAUGUCUAUAUUUACACGGACCACAUGAAAGGAGUCAACUCUGGGAAGUCACCAGGAUUUGGGUUGUCACUCGUUGCUGAGACCACCAGUGGCACCUUCCUCAGUGCUGAGCUGGCCUCCAACCCCCAGGGCCAGGGGGCAGCGGUGCUUCCAGAGGACCUUGGUAGGAACUGUGCCAGGCUGCUGCUCGAAGAAAUCUACAGGGGUGGAUGUGUGGAUUCAACCAAUCAAAGCCUGGCCCUGCUGCUCAUGACCCUUGGACAACAGGAUGUUUCCAAAGUCCUGUUAGGACCACUCUCUCCCUACACGAUAGAAUUUUUGCGGCAUUUGAAGAGCUUUUUCCAGAUUAUGUUUAAAAUUGAAACCAAGCCAUGUGGUGAAGAACUCAAGGGCGGGGAUAAAGUACUGCUGACUUGUGUUGGCAUUGGCUUCUCCAACCUUAGCAAGACCCUCAAAUGAUACUGUCACAAGAUCAGGCCUUCUUGCCUACAAAGCCGAAGCUUCCGAGACAUCAGAAGGGACGAGUAGAUGUCUUCAUCCAGGACAGGAUAGCCACUUUUAUUGAGGACUUCCUUAAUUUCCCACCAAAAAGAAAAUCAAUAUAAAAUCAGACAUCCUGUAUUGUGUAGUUGCUGUUUCUUCAGUCACCAUAAGAACUCCCUUGGUUUACCUGGAGGAAGAGUGUGCCUUUCGGACAUGCUUUGUUGUUCGAAUAGAAUCACAGAUGUGCUCCCACAGACUGGUGCUUCUGUCGUGUGGGCAUUUUCCAGACCUGUGCAGUCUGUUCCUGUUCUUCCCACAAGGACUUAACUUGUUAAGCCUCCAUUUCUGUGACAGAGAUUAAGAGAGAUAAUAUGUGUGGAAGGUCUUUAUGAGUGGCACAGUGCUAUGUAAGUGUCAGAAAUUGGUAUGUCGAAUUACUGAAGGUCUUAUCUUUUGAAUGGAUCUCUGUCAUGGAUGUAGAUACUGUUGCUCUUGUUCAUUGACUGUGUACGUGAGGGACAGGUAGAGGGGAGGGGGCAUGGGUCCAAUUAAAGUUUUUGGAUAUUUUCUAUA